AUGACAAUCACAACAAUGAAGGACAUUAAAACCGUCGCUAUAAUCGGUACCGGCGUCAUAGGAGCCAGCUGGACAGCUUUAUUCCUGGCCCGAGGGCUCAAGGUCCUGGUGACCGAUCCCGCCCCGAACGCAGAGAAGAACCUCGAGACAUAUUUAAACGCACAAUGGCCAACGCUCACUCAAAUAGGCCUCAGCGAAGGGGCCUCCCUAAAAAAUUAUGCCUUUGUGGAUUCACUGGAUAAUCAUUUCGAGGAAAUUGACUUCAUACAAGAGGUACCAUUUCCGUUCUCAAAUACUGGCGUUAUUCUACUAACAGUGACUAAGAAUGGCCCCGAACGGCUAGAAUUCAAACGCACCCUGUUCGCCUACCUAGACGAGAAAGCACGCCCAGAGGUAAUAAUCGCAUCUUCGUCGUCCGGAAUACCCUCGUCCGAAUAUGCGUCGGCGUGCCGUCACCACCCUGAACGGGUUCUGGUCGGACACCCUUUCAACCCACCACAUUUGAUUCCUCUGGUGGAGGUCGUGCCACAUAGAACCACAGAUAGAGAGACUGUUGUACCACGAGCUAUGGAAUUCUACAGAAGCCUUGGCAAGAAGCCAGUACUUAUUCAGAAAGAGAUUCCCGGAUUCAUCGCCAACAGGCUCCAGGCUGCCCUAUCGAUGGAGGCAUAUAGUUUGGUGAGCAGAGGGAUUAUCUCUGCGGCGGAUUUAGAUACGACAGUGACAUCUUCUCUUGGUCUACGGUGGGCGCUUAAUGGACCUUACGCUCUGAACGCUAUGGCGGGCGGCGGGAGCUUUCAGCAUUUCUUGGAACAUCUCGGUCCAGCUGCUAAAUCAUGGCAUGAUGACAUGCAUAAACACACGUUUUCAAUGACCCCUGAAGCAAUCCAGGAUCUAAGCAGAACGGUUGAGCCGAUGGUGCAGGCAACUGAUUUGAAUACUUUACAGAAGGAGAGGGAUGAUGUACUCCUGAAACUUAUGGAUAUGAAGUCGAAGACUUCUCUAUUGGAAUAA